GCCCCCCAGGGAUCGGGCUUCAUUCUGAUGCGUGAUGCUUUUGCGGCCCCUGGCCCGAGGGCCGUCCGGUCUGAGGUUGGGGAUGGCUGGGGUUCGGUCUCUGGCCAAACGGCCCUCUCCAGAAGCGCCCUGAGCCUCAGCCCUGGCCCGGCCCGGCGCGGGAUGUGCCGUCCCUUCUCCGGGCCGGGCCGCUCGGGGGCCUUCGCUAACUCCAGGCCUGCCUGCUGAGUAGGAGGAACCUGGAGAGCGGGAUGGAGCCGGGGCGGAUCCUGACGUGCGUGUCGGCUCAGGCCCCCGAGGAGUCAGUGACAUUUAAUGACGUGGCUGUGGACUUUACCCAGGAUGAGUGGAGACAUCUGGAUCCUUCCCAGAAGGAACUCUACAGAGAUGUGAUGCUGGAGAACUAUAAGAACCUGGUCUCUCUGGGGCUUCCGAUUUCCAAACCAGAUGUGAUCUCCCAGUUGGAACAAGGGGAAACCCCCUGGAUCCUGGAGAAUGAAAGGUUUAAAAGUUCUUACCCAGAUUGGGAGACAAGAUCCAAAAUUAAUGAAUCAGCUUCAAAACUGGACUUUACUUUGGAUAAAUUGUUCCAGGAAAGAAACCCAAGUGUUGGUCAUCAGGAUUCCAUAUUGAAAGAAGCCUGGAAUUAUGAUAUUAAGACACUUUCCCAGGAUAAUGAAUGUGAGGAACUUUUCAUUUGUGAUUCAAACAUUCAGGAUCAUAGAAUACACUUUGAAGAGAGAACUUAUAGAUAUGGUGAAUGUGGGAAAGCAUUCCUCCAGGGAAAACAUCUUAAUGAACAUCCGAGAAUUCAUCCGAUUGAGAAACUUCAUAAAUGUAAUGAGUGUGGGAAAGCUUUUAGCUAUAGCUCAUCCCUUACUUUCCACCAGAGAAUUCAUACUGGUGAGAAGCCCCAUGAAUGUCAUGAAUGUGGAGAGGCCUUCAGGUGGAGCUCACAACUUACAUACCACCAGCGAAUUCAUACUGGAGAAAAACCUUAUCAAUGUAAUGAAUGUGGGAAGACCUUUAUCCAGAGAACACAGCUGACUUCCCAUCAGAGAAUUCAUACUGGAGGAAAGCCAUAUGAAUGUAAUGAAUGUGGGAAAGCUUUUAGAUACAGCUCAUCCCUUACUUACCACCAGAGAAUUCAUACUGGAGAGAAACCUUUUGAAUGUAAUGAAUGUGGACAAGCCUUCAGGUCAAACACACAGCUUAAUUCUCAUCAAAGAAUUCAUACUGGAGAAAAACCUUAUCAGUGUAAUGAAUGUGGAAAGACCUUCAUCCAGAGCACACAGCUUACUUUCCAUCAGAGAAUUCACACUGGUGAGAAACCAUAUGAAUGUAACGAAUGUGGCAAAGCCUUUAUCCAGAGCACACAUCUUACUUACCACCAGAGAAUUCAUACUGGAGAAAAACCUUAUGAAUGUAAUGAAUGUGGCAAAGCUUUUAGUUCCAGUUCAUCCCUUACUUACCAUCAGAGAAUUCAUACCGGAGAGAAACCUUUUCAGUGCCAUGAAUGUGGGCAAGCCUUCAGGUCAAAUUCACACCUCACUUCCCACCAGAGAAUUCAUACUGGAGAGAAACCUUAUGAAUGCCAUGAAUGUGGACAAGCCUUCAGGUCAAACACACAGCUUAUUUCCCAUCAGAGAAUUCAUACUGGAGAGAGACCCUAUGAGUGCAAUGAAUGUGGGAAGGCCUUUAACCAGAGCACACAACUUACAUUUCACCAGCGUAUUCACACUGGAGAGAAACCUUAUGAAUGUAAUGAAUGUGGGAAAGCCUUUAUCCAGAGCACACAGCUUACUUAUCACCAGAGAAUUCAUACUGGAGAAAAACCUUAUCUAUGUAAUGAAUGUGGGAAAGUUUUCAGGCACAACUCAUCCCUAAUUUACCACAAAAGGAGCCAUACUGGAGAAAAACCGUAUUAAUAUAAUGACUAUAGUCAAGCCUUUAGAUGGAACACACUUCAAAUGUCGGCAAAAAAAUUGUCCUGGAGAGAAACUUCUAGUCUUUGGACUAGGAUUUUAGCUGAAACACAAAACUUAAUAACACUGAAGAAUUACUUUUUUAGCAAAACCAAAAUAUUAUGGUGGAAUGGUCUUUAGCAGAGCCACAUAAUUGAAUAUCAAACAAUUCAUGGUGGAAAAAACUUUAUAGGAGUGGUUUCUGGCCAUAGAACAUCUCUUCCUAGUUAUCAGAAUUUGUACUGGAGAGAAACCAUAUUGAUACAGUGAACAUGAGAGACCGUUUAUUAGUUGGAAGAUAAUUUAAGAAUUUCAUAUUAAAGGGGUAACCCUUAAAAUGUAGCAAAGGAUUCAUCUUAAUCGUGAACCUUACUGAGCAUUAGUAAAUUCAUAUUUAACAGAAGCCCUACAAAUAUUUCACAAAAUCACAGAAUCUUGAUGUUAGAAGGGACUCAGAAACCAUUUAAUAAUUCAUACUGGAUAAAGCAUACCCCCAAACAGCCCACCCCACAAAUAGUCAUCCAGCUUCUAGUCAAACAUCCCUAGUGAUGUUUAUCUUCCAAAGCAGCUCAUUCUACAAUGGGAAGAGCUCUAAUUGGGAAGCUAUCAUCUUCCCCUGAAUCUUCCUUGCUCCUUCAACUGGUUGCAUAUGGCAUGAGCUUGGGCCCUUUCACCAUCUUCAUUGCCUUCCUGUAGACAUGGUUUUUCCAUUUUCUUUCUAACAUGUAACACCUAGAACAGAACACAAUAUUCCAGACGUGAUUUGACCAGGGCAGAGUAUAAGAAUAAUACCUCUUUAUUCUUGAAAGCCGAUGCCUCAAAAUGGCUAAAGAUCCUAAUAGUAUGGUGCCCAUUGACUAAACCAUGACUCUUCCUCCUGGGGGGAGCAAUUUUCCAUUUAUCCUUUUUAUCAUUUCAUCUCAUUCUGAAAAAGCAGAUGUUUCCUAAAAAGCAUACUCGCUGACAAAAUUAAGUUGCCCAAACAAGUCAAGCAAAUCCAGCUGAUAGAAAUGUUUACUGAUUGUAUAUGGCAUUUCCCUCUUUUGUAACUUACCAUUUGUUAACAUAAAGGAAACGUGCUUUGACUUUUAUAAUUUAGUGCCAACAUUUUUGUGUGUACGUGACCAGUUAUAAUCAGUGUGUAGUUUGUUCUUUAGGUUAUGCCUUCCUCUUCAUGUCAUUUCCUAUAAGUCUUUCCAUCUUUCCCUGAAUUUAUAUUUAUCAUUCAGAUACCACCAUUUCUUUAGUCAUUUCCCAGUCAAUGGGUACACCAUUGCAUUUUCUCUCAAUUUUUUGCUCUUAAGAAUAUUUCUUUGUAAAUAUAGGUCCUUUCUUUUCCAUUUUUGGCCAGUGGGAUACACAUCCAGCGAAGAGAUUGCUAGAUUAAAAAUAUUUAAAAAUUACUUCUAUAAUUCCAGAUUAUUUCCCAGAAUAGUAACCUAUUCACAGCUACACCAGCAGUAAAUUAGCCUGCCUGUCUAUCAACAGCCCCUCUGAUAUUGAAUUUUUUCACUAUUUACCGUCUGCCAAUUUGAUAUAUAUAUAUGAGGCAAUAGCACACAGUUGCACAGGCUGUCCCCCAUGCCUGGCAUGAAUGCUUUCCUCCUCUUACCUUUAAGGAUCAGCUCAGGUACCAUCUUCUAGGAAAGGCCUUUCCUGAACCCCAUGGCAAUUCCUAUUCUUUCCUUCCACUUGUAUUUAUUUAUCUCUGUAUACGUCUCUCCAGUAGAAUAAGAACUCUGAUGGUAGAGACUUUUGUUUUACUAUUCCCAGCAUUUGGCACAGUGCCUUGCACCUAUUGGUGCUUAAUAAGUAAUUUCUUCUUCUCAUACUUUUAAGUUUUUUCUUCCCUGUGGGCUUUAUUUUGUAUAAUUCUCUAUUGUCUUCCCUUAGUAAUUUGGUAUGGCAUCAAUUCUGUACACUAAUUUGAUUACUGUUAUUAUUUUUGUGAUAUGGUACAAUUCACCUUUGAACAUUUAAUAGUUUUCAUGCUGAAUCUAUAAAUUAAGACAAACUUAUCUUUGUAAAUUCAGUCUUAGACAUUUUUAAUGGAAUUCCUCUUCUAUCAUUUCCUCUUUGUUUUUGUCAUUUAUACUGUAAACUAUACCGUGGAUAGAGAUGCCAGUCUUUCGGGGGGAUUUAUUUUGUAUCUCUCACUUUCAUGUAAAUAGAGAUGGUUUUGAUUCCUUUUUACUUACCCAUUUCUCUUGUCUGAUUUCAAUAGCUGGCAUUUUUAGCAUGAUCAGAUAAGAUUAAGGAAAAGACGUGUGCCCACAUUUGCUUGGUUACUACUGAAAAUUUCCCAGCAUGUUUCCAUUGCAAAUAAUGGUAGCUCUUGGUUUUAGAGAAAUACUUUCAAUCCCAUUUAAGAGCCCUUUCUUAUCUAUGUUUUUAUUCUAAGUCUAAAUACAUCGUUAGAGCCUUUUACGUGUCUAUUAAUAUCAGGGUUUUUUUCUUUAUCUGAUAAAUUGUCAUUUUUCCAAUGUUGAACAAUCAGUGGUAUGAAUUCAACUUGGCCAUAGUCAUUUUUUUAAAGCUGUAUUGUUGUAUUGUCUGCUAACAUUUUAUUAAAAUUUUACUAUCAGUCAA